AUGACUGUGGAGCGAAUCUACAUUGGUGGCCUGGACCCGCCUCGGCUGAGUGGCAAAGAUAUUGUCUCUCGAUUAAAGUCACUAGACGGUAUUGAGCUUCAAUCCAUUGUAGACAAGGAAAAGUGCUUCAUUCACUUGACGGCCACUUCAUCAUCACAAGAUCAAUCCGCCUUGGCCAUCAUUUCACAGAAAUACAACAAUGUCAAGUGGAAAGGAUGUCGACUUGAAGUUGCGGAAGCCAAACCAAGCUUUUUACAACGAUUGGAACUGGAACGACAAGAAAGGGCAGAACGAGAAGCACAGGAAAAGGAAUCGACCACAGCUGUAGAAGAUACUCCUUCUAAAGAGGAUGAAGCCGAGGGGCAAGCCCCCAGCCGAAUUCCUCGUCGCCUUCGAAUUCGAAAAAAGUUUGGUGAUGAAGCCGUUCAUGUCGAUACUCGCCCAUUUUCCGUGGACAAUUGGAAGAAUUUCCACGCUGCCAAGAAGAAGCUGCUCCAACGGGCUGACAAUCAUGCACAAAAGGCAAAGAAAAUCAGGGAAAUGAAACAUACAGCUUAUGUCCAUGCGCCUCUGGAGCACCGGGCGGUUCACAUUCGAUUCGCAUCAUCCAGUGAUAGCAACAAUCAUGCUCCAACUGAACGUCAUGCUGUAUCCUCCAGCGAAGAGUAUGAGGCGUCUGGAUCGGAAAAUGAGGACGAUGAUGAGAGUGUCGACAGUGUAAGCUCGGACGAGGAGUCUGGCGACGAACCAUCCGCUUCAAAAGAAGCCAAAGCUACAAAGCCUGGUUCUUAUGAUUGGUCAGAUGAUGAUUCGGAUAGCGACUCAUCCAGUGACGAAAAAAGUGCUGCGGAUGAAAUGGCUCCACCUGAACCACAGCAAGCAGCUGUAGUUGUGGAGAGCAUUGAAGAGCCCAAGCAGCCUGAUGCUCCUAAAGCAGGUUAUGAAUGGAGUAGUGAUAGCUCCAGUGAUGAGUCUUCGGUGCAUAUUAAAAGAACGCAAACCUUUCAAGAUGUGGCAGUGGACGAUGAAUUUGCUGCAGGCCUGGACGAUGCGAAAUGGAACGACAGUGAGGAGGAAGAUUAUGUCCCGGCCAGCGAAAAGAACGCCAAUGAUGCUGCCUACCAAAUGGACAAUGAUCUUUCAGCCAAUUUAGGUGUCCUGACGGACCUCUUUCCGGACAUGAAAGAUAAGAGUCAUCCAAAGGAAGAUAAUGACGAAGAUGCCAAACAGCAGCACGAGCAGGAUUCUAGAUCAAUCACAAAACCUCCCAUGCCAUUUGGAAUCAUGCCAAGAUAUGAUCCAACAGCCGUUGCAUCACAAAAAUACGAAGUGAAGGAACAAGAACCCUCAGAAGAUGAGGGGUCGUCCGAAGAAGAAGAGGAGGUGCCAAUGAAAGGCGCUGAAAAUAGUGACAGCGAGGAGGAGAGCGCAAGUGAUGAUGACGAUGAGAAGGAAAAAGAUGGUGAUAAUGACAACAAAGAAGAAAAAGAAGAAGAAGACAAAACCCCCAUCUAUCAAGAGGGCAAACUUGAAAAUGUAUUCCGUGAAGCACGAGAUGCCUGGCAAGUUCAAUCGACUCUGACAGCACAAAAGAAGGAGGAAUCAUCAUCUACUGGGGCAUUUUCAUUUGGAUUCGAUCUUGGCAGUCCCGAGCCAACAACGGAAAAGAACAAAAAUGAUGGGGGUUUUAGUUUUGGAUUUAGCUUGCCUCCGGACACAGCCUCAGAAGGAAAGGAAGCAUCAAAGCAACUGGCAAAGGAUUCCAAUGAAGCAGACGGAACAAGUGAAGACAAGAUGGAUGUUGAAGACAGUGAUGAUCAGCCUGCACCAGACUCCAAUACUAAAAGGAGAAGAGGCCUUCGUUUCUCCGAAGCAGAAAUGCAAUCCUACGAAGCUGACUUCUUUUCUCACAACUAUGGAGAAGAUAUCAUAGAAAAUCUCCAAGGAUUCCGAAACCAUCAAGAAGACAGGGAGCAAUGGCUCCGAGAACGUCAAUCGUUGACACUAGACUGGAAGCGGAAGCGAAAACUAGCCAUGUCUCGCAUUCAGAAACGAAUAAGACACAAAUAA